UGGAAAAAAAAAAGGGUAGGCUUCUUCCCCAACAAGCCCAGAGCGGGCCACUACCCCACCCGAUCGUGGUGUCCUCAACCCAAAUCAAAAACACAAACGGAAACCACAACCCCAACGCGCCUCCAGCUUGCCCUAGCGCCGCCCACAAUCGGGCCGACGGUGAUGCGGCUCCGCCCUCCAUCCCCCAGUCCGGCUCGAUCCCCUCCUUCCUGUAGUGUUAGAACUAGAAUCCUGAAUCCCCUUCGGUCUCGCCGUCCUCGAAACAGAGAAUAAAUACAGCUCCAAAAAAUUUAGUUAUUAUGAGGAAGAGAAAGAGGAGAGGAAGACGAACAGCAAGAGAUCGACAUCGACGGAUCCAUCGUUCCAUCCAUCCAUGGGUGACACAGAAGAGCCCAUGUCUAUUUUGCGAGACGUCUCCUUGCACCCGCCUGAAUGGAACGAAGACGGCGGUGAGAUCCAGUGGGUGCUCCUCGACCACCAGGCCUACGUCGCUGAACGCCACAACGCCACAACUGCCUUCUCCAGGACAUGGCGCGGUGAGCAGUUCCAGGUCACCCUCUGCCUCGCUCGCCCGCCGCGCGUCUCCUACCUGUGCGUGUUCUGCCCUGGAUUCGAACACACCGUGUUCUCCAUGGAGCCGGACAUCCUCGCCAUGGAGGAGGACCUCGUCCUCCUUCGGGUCAUCGUCAGUUCUAAAUGGGAAUUUCUGGAUGAUGCGGACUACUACAUCUACCAGGCCACCGACGAGGCCGCGGGCGGGGGGCCGUCACUCAAGCGGCUCCCGCGGCCCCCUAGACCCUAUGGCUUUGGUUCACAUCAAGUUGGCAUUCUGCGCUGCGGCGCCCGCCACCAAUGGCGCGACAACGCGCUGUGCCGCCCCCACCGCGGCACCGCAGGUGAUUUCUAUAUUGUCGCCGCACUCUGUAAGGAGCGCAGCUCCAUGGUCCCUGAAGACUUCGUCAUUUUCCUAUACAACUCCAGUUCCCCAACCAUUUGGAGUACCCACAAGAUCUCAGUGGACAGCAACCAACAUGGACGCCAAUAUGGCUGCUACUUCCAGCAUCGCAACAGCAAGGUCAUCUCAGUAGGAGGAGAUUCUGGCACCAUGGGCUUCGUUGACCUCUGGCGGGGUAUCAUCCUCUGUGAUGUGCUCAAGCUUCAGCAAGGCAAAACCACCCCUCCUAUUCGUUAUGUCACUUUGCCACCACCACUCCUUCCAGGCAGGGCAGAUUGGGACGAUGACGCACGGCUCGCUCGGGACAUCGCCGUAGUCCAACAAGGUCGCACCAUUAGAUACGUUGAGCUGCAGGUUAACUGGAAGCCUCACCCAACCUUUAGGGGUUGCUACUUCAGGGAUGGUUGGGUGUCCAGGAUAUGGACAAGGCCGGUGGAUGCUGAUUGUGCUGAGGACUGUUGGAAACCGGGCUGUAAGCAAGAGUCUUCUGAUAUCCCAAUUGACAACAACCCACAUUUUAAGCUACUGCCUGUGAUGAUGGACCAUAGUGGCAUGACUAUGGAACCAUUCAAGGGACUCUUCAUAUGUCAACCCACACUCAGUUUGAGUGAUGAUGAUGAUCUUGUUUACUUCAUGACCAAGGCGAAGAGCAUGGAUGGCAAGGCUUGGGUGAUUGCUGUGGACAUGAAGAACAACACAUUACAAGGAGUGGAUGGGUUUGCUGCGGAAAGGACUAUUGAUUUUGGCUAUAUGCACAGUAGGAUAUCCAAAUAUCUGACGGCAGGCACAGGAACUAAGGGAAACCUGAAACGACCAGGGACGGUCUUGCUGGGAUCCUCUAACAAGAAGCCUCCUGGAUUCUGGAUGUCUAUGCCACCCUGGGACGAUGAGCAAAAGGAACAUGAUACUGAAAUGGAAGUGGAUGGAGAUGAUAUGAUUCUGACCUAGGAUGUCCUGCAGAUGGUUACAAGGGUGAUUUAUUUAUGUCUUGCUGUUGUGUAAGAAGGAAGUGGAUGGAAAUGAUAUCGUCCUGCCCUAGAAUGUCCUGCAGAUGGUUAAAGGGUGGUUUAUUUGUGUCUUGCUGUUAUGUAAGACUGGGAUUUGGGCUUUGCCCCUUCCACCUGAUAUUUAUUUAUUAUCUCUAUAAGUUUAUGUCAGUCAGGAUCGAAAUGUUGAAAGUUGAGUAUUUUAACCUAUUA